UGAGGGCACUAAUGGGGUGCAGGCCUGCCUCCCGCGUCCUCCCAUGCCCGAGUCCUCGCCCCGCCAACGCCCGCAGCCUCGCCGGCUGGCUUUUCUCUUGCAUGUGCGCUUUUGCCCAGAAGACGCCGCGGAGGUGGAGCGGGAGGAAGAGGAAGAGGAGAAGCCGAGACCCAAACUCACUGCUCCUAAGAUCCCGGAAGGGGAGAAAGUAGACUUCGAUGACAUCCAAAAGAAGCGCCAGAACAAGGACCUCAUGGAGCUGCAGGCCCUCAUCGACAGCCACUUCGAGGCGCGCAAGAAAGAAGAGGAAGAGCUGAUCGCGCUCAAGGAGAGAAUCGAGAAGCGCAGGGCUGAGAGAGCCGAACAGCAGCGGAUCCGCGCCGAGAAGGAGAGGGAGCGCCAGAACCGGCUGGCGGAGGAGAAGGCCCGGAGGGAGGAGGAAGAUGCCAAGAGGAGAGCCGAGGACGACCUGAAAAAGAAGAAAGCUCUGUCCUCUAUGGGCGCCAACUACAGCAGCUACCUGGCCAAGGCUGACCAGAAGAGAGGCAAGAAGCAGACGGCCCGGGAGAUGAAGAAGAAAGUCCUGGCCGAGAGGCGCAAGCCGCUCAACAUCGACCACCUCAGCGAGGACAAGCUCAGGGACAAGGCCAAGGAGCUGUGGGACACCCUGUACCAACUGGAGACCGACAAGUUCGAGUUUUCCGAGAAGCUGAAACGCCAGAAAUACGACAUCAUGACUGCCCGGGCCAGAGUGGAGAUGCUGGCCAAGUUGUAAGUAGCCGGGUCCACCCAGGCCCAGGCUAGUGGCACGUGGUGCUCGGUGAGCCUCGCGCAUGGCAAAACCCUAGGUCGUAGCGGAUGCUGGCGGCAGAAGGCAUGGAGGCGAUGGAGGCCGCCCCCUCUCCUCCGGCCCUCGCCUGCUCCCCUCUGCCUGAGACCCGGCGGCUCCGAGGCUGGCCUGCCAUCCUUGUUGGCAGACGGAGAAGGGCCUUGCCCUCCCCUCAGCCUCCUCUCUGGGCCGUUAGGAGGA